AUGAUCUUCUCCAUGACCCCACAAGUCUUUUCCGUCUUGUGCUUGGCGGUUGUAUCUGUCGCCGGCCAGUGGACCGGAAAUUACAACACGACACCCGUGGCGGAUAACCCGAUCGCUCCGCCCGGAUGCCAGCUCAAGAGCCUCCAGGGCCUGGACAUAACGGCCCAAACGACUGUCUACAAGUGCGUCUGUACUGGCGGCCAGGUCUUUCCUAGCUGCAAUUGGUUACUAUCGCCUCGGCACCAGCUUUAUAACAGUGUCAGGAAUGCAACCUGCAAGUGUGCCGCGGCGAAAUUGACUGGGGGCGAUCCUCGGAGCCUGAAUACGUAUGGCAGGCUUCCGAAUAACAUGGGCUUCGACAAGCCUGGGGUGGUGAGGACGUGCAUCUGUGAUCCUGUGGCUGGUAAGGGAGAUGACAGCACUGAUAAGUUGGUUGAGACAGCUGGCAGCUGCUGGUGCCCGGCCGAUCGAUUUCUUUGGCAGACCAGUUUAUCAGAUGCGAAGGAGAGCCAGGCCGUUCCGGAGAUGCCUCCUUCCGUCGGUGAACAGUCAACCGGAAAGCAAACCGAGCCAUCAGAGGCGAAGGAGAGCCAGGGCGUUCCGGAGACCCCUUCUUCCGUCGACAAACAGUCGACCACUCAGCAGCCAGGAGAGCAGCAGUCAGCGACCGCAUCUAUCGAUGAGUGCCGUGUCGAUCCUUCCGUCGAACCGUCGACCACUCAGCAGCCAGGAGAGAAGCAGCCAGCAGAGAAGCAGCCAGCGACCGGAUCUGUCCAGUGGACCGGAAAUUACAACACGACAGGCGCGGUGCUCAGCGAUAACCCUCCGCGCGGAUGCGAGCUCGAGAGCCGCUUGCCCCGGACGAUCCUCGCCCCGUGCGUCUGUACUGGCGGCAAGGUCAUUGCCAGCUGCAAUUGGCAGAGCAUUCACGGGAGUUACAACACUGUCAGGGAUGCAAACUGCAAGUGUCAACGUGCCCCGGCGGGAUCUACAUGGCAAUAUGCUAAAGACCUGGUGGCGUAUGGCCUGGACUCGAAUGGCCAGAACCUGCCUGGGGCGGUAAGGGGCUGCGGCUGUGAUCCCGCUCCCGGCAAGGGGGACAACAAACCUGAUGAGUCAGGAUUGGUUGUGCCAGGCCCCAACUGCUUGUGCCCGACCCGUAAUCUCGAAGAGUACAGCGGGUUAUCAGAGGCGGAGGAGAGCCAGCAGCCAGGAGAGCAGCAGGUACCGACCGGAUCUUUCCAGCGGUGCCGCGACGAUUUAAACAAGGGGAAGCUUCGUCAGAACAUCCUCUGCAAGCAGUUGAUGGAAGUUAAACCUAAGGAAUUGCCCCAACGGAUGCAGAGCGUACUUCCAAACUGCAGCAUUUCUUCCCUCACUGAAAUCUGCAAGGAUAUUCCCCAAGACUAA